AGGCUCAAAAGUAAUUGGACAAGUGAUGAUAAGCAGUUUCAUGGCCAGGUGUGGCCUGGUUCCUUGAUAUAUCAAGACAAAUUAAGGAGAUAAAAGGUCUGGAGUUGAUUCCAAGCAUUGAAUUUACAUUUGGUAACUACUCAUUGGACCUUUGGUCCUAUGUUGUCCAAAGGGGUGUCGAUGCAAGUGAACGAGGCCAUCAUCAGGCUGAAAAAAACAAAACUGACCUAUCAAAGAGAGAGCAGAUACUUUAGGAGUAGCCAAAUCAAAAAUUUGGUAUAUUCUUAAAAUGAAGGAAUGCACUGGUGAGCUCAGCAACACCAAAAGGCCUGGAAGACCACAGAAGACAGCUAAAGUGGAUGAUCACAGAAUUAUUUCCUUGGUGAAGUAAAACCCCUUCACAACUCCCAAGGAGGUAGGCAUAUCAUUGUCAAAGUCUACAAUCAAGCGACACCUUUAUUAAUGUUAGUUCAGAGGGUUUGUCGCAAGAUACAAACCACUGGUAACACUUGAGAACAGAAAGGCCAGAUUAGACUUUGCUUAAAAAAAAAAAAAAAAAAAAAAAUCUAAAAAUCUGACCAAUUAUGAUGCAAGAUUAACUUGUACCAGAAUGAUGGGAAGAGUAUGUCGAAAGAAAUGAAGGGCUCGUGAUCCAAAGCACCCCACAUCAUCUGUCAAACAUAUGGAGGCAGUGUUAUGACAUGGGCAUGUAUGGCUGCCAAUGGAACUUGGUGACUGGUGUUUAUUGAUGAUGUGACUGCUGAUAGAAGUAGCAGGAUGAAUUCUGAAGUGUAUAGAACUAUACUUUCUUCUCCGGUUCAGUCAAAUGCUGCAAAACUGAUAGGAUAGCACUUCACAGUACAGAUGGAUAAUGACCCAAAACGUACCAUGAAAGCACCCAAGAGCUUCUUAAGGCAAAGCAAUGGAUUGUUCUUAAAUGGCCAAGUCAGUCAACUGACCUCAACCCAACUGAGCAGGCUUUGAAAGGCAGAAAGACCCACAAACAUUCAGCAACUGAAGUUGGCUGCAGUAAAUUCCUGACAAAGCAUCUCAAGGGAAGAAACUCAGCAUUUGGUGAUGUCCAUGGGUUCCAGACUUCAGACAGUCAUUGACUGCAAAGGAUUUGUAUCAAAGUAUUAAAAAUAAUCCUGAUAUUUAUGAUUGUUAGUUUGUACAAUUACUUUUGAGUCUGUGAAAAUGGAGGGACUAUGUAAAAAAUGGCUGUAAUUACUAAACAGUUAAUGCAAUAUUUUUGUUAAACCCCUUGAAUUAAAUCUGAAAGUCUACACUUCAAUCACAUCUUGAUUGCUUCAUUUCAAAACAUUGUGGUGGUGUACGGAGGCAAAAUUAAAUUGUUCACUGUCCAGAUACUUAUGGACCUGACUGUAUAUAUGUGUGUGUGUGUGUGUGUGUGUGUGUGUGUGUGUAGACAUGUGUGCACAAGAGAGCAUAGAGGGCCUGUUAAAUAUAGUUGGACUACAGUUAUUUGCAUGCAUGGAUCCUAACUCCCACCCUAUCUUUAAGGGGCACUCUGAAGAAGGGACAGAAAGAAGAGCAGAGGUGAAGAGGAAGUGACAGGCCAGAAGCCAUGCGUUCCCGUAGCAACAGCCUGGAAAAUAUUUCAGAGGUGAAUUCAUCUCAGGGGCAGGCUCAGGCAGAGCAAAGAGAAUCCAAGUCUAAUGAGCCCUCAACCAGCUUUCAAGGUUCUAGCCGAUCACAUCACAGGGAACCCCCAGACAGCAUGAGUACAGUACAGCGAAAGCACAAGAGCAGUUGCUGCAGCCAGGCACACAACAAAAACAGUGAGCUGACAGAGCAGAAAACAUCAUUGGGGAACAGCAAGGACCUCUCCCACGAUGAUCUCCUUCUCCUGUUGAGCAUCCUGGAGGGAGAGCUACAGGCCAGAGAUGAGGUGAUCACGGUGCUGAGGGCAGAGAAGAUAGAGCUGGCAUUACUGGAGGCCCAAUAUGGAUUUGUGACUCCUUCCAAAGUCCUUCAGGCCCUGCAGAGAGACACCAUACAGGGCAAAGGUCAUGGCUGGCAGGAAGACAUCUAUGAGAAGCCUAUUGCAGAGUUGGACAAGCUUGUGGAGAAGCAGAGAGAGACAUACAGACGUAUGCUGGAACAGCUGCUGCUAGUAGAGCAGGCACAUAAACAGACACUCUACAGACUAGAGGAUGAGAAGCGGAAUCACAGAGAGUACAUGAAAAAAAGUGAUGAGUUCACCAACCUUCUGGAGCAGGAAAGAGAAAGAUUGAAGCUACUCAGUGAUCAAGAAAAGGCUUACCAAGAACAAAGAGAGGAAGAGAAUAACAGGAAGGUCACCAAUCUUAAAGAUGAACUGACUAAACUGAAGUCAUUUGCCCUCCUGGUUAUUGAUGAACAGCAGCGUGUCACAGAACAGCUGGCUCAGCAAACUGCAAAGGUUCAGGAGCUGCAAGCUGCUGCCAGAGAGGCCCAAGAGGAGCUGAACUCUGCGCAGAGCAGGGCACAAAAAAUGGAGAGCAAAGUGCUGUACUUGGAGGCUGAAUUACAUGAGCAGGCUAUUCAGUUCCACCAAGAGCAGGAAGCCAUAAGCACAAAACUGACUGAUGAGAACAGCCAAAACAGGCAUCUACGUCAGAAACUGUCUACACUUUGCCAAGAGCUGGAUGAGCUUGAAGAGUCAAACAAGACCCUUCGCAGGGCAGAAGAAGAACUGCAGGAGUUAAGGAACAAAAAUAGGAACGGGGAUCAUGGAAACUCUAGCCUUGUGUCAGAAGUGGAAGAAUUGAGGAAAAGAGUGGUAGAAAUGGAAGGAAAAGAUCAGGAAUUAAUCAAAAUGGAGGAUUUGUGCAGGGACCUCAAGAGGAAGUUGGAGAGGGAGUCCAUCCAGAAUCAUAGCCUGAAAGCAGAAGUGGACAUGCUGAAUUGCAGAAUUACAGAGCUUGAAAGAUUAGAAGAUGCUGUUGGAAAGAGCAAACAGGAAUGUAGCUUGCUCAAGUGUAACCUAGAAGAAGAAAGGACAGUAACUAAACAUAUGUGUAAUCAACUAGAUAUUCUGAGGGUAAGGAUCAAGGAACUUGAAGCUGCUGAAGAUCUAUUAGAGAAGACAGAGUGGACACUAAAGGAAGAACUUACAAAACUGAAAACACUAACAGUGAUGCUUAUAGAUGAAAGGAAAACCAUGGCAGAGAAAGUGAAGCAACUGGAAGACAAGGUUCAAAAUAGCACUGAUAAACUUCAGGCCGAACAGGACAAAGUCACAUCAGUGACAGAGAAGCUGAUUGAAGAAAGCAAGAAAGCUUUGAAGAUCAAAGUGGAGAUGGAGGAAAAAAUCUGUAUUGUCACCAAGGAAAGAGAUGAUCUUAAGACCAAGCUGAAAGCUGAGGAAGAGAAAAACAAUGCCCUUCAGUCCAAAUUCAGCAUGAUGAAGAAGAGGCUUCAGUCCUUGGAGGCUGUUGAAAGGGAGUUUUUGAGGAACAAAGUAAAAAAAGGGAACAUGAAGGGACCCAUCCAAAAAGAUUUCCAAGAGGAAGACAACAAAGUGAAAGAUUUAACACAGGAAGUAGAAUGGCUCAGAAGGAAACUCGGAGAGAUGAGUGUGGUUGAAGAUGAUCUAAUGAAGACACACAAUGAGGGUGAAUGCUUGGAAAAGAGAUACUCCAAUGAAAAAGCCCUAAUGGAAGAAUUAGAGAGUGCAAGGAAGGCGCUUUCUAAAUACCAACUAGUUGAGAAGGAAAAUUUCAGCCAAGAACACAUUCUGUAUAAGCAGUUGAAAGAGGAAGAGGUCAAGUCCAGUCAUCUGACCAAAGAGGUGGAAGUAUUAAAGGAAAAGAUACACAAUUACAUGAGUACAGAAAAGUCCAUCUGCAACAUGAAAACAGAAUAUGCAACUCUGCAGAGAAAGCUUACCCAACAGGAAGUCAGAAACAAGGAACUUGCUAGGGAGAAGGAGAGCUUAACAAGGGAGCUGGAGAGAUACCGUCGCUUUAGUAAGAGCCUCCGGCCUGGCAUGAUUGGAAGACGGUUCUCUGACCUGCAUGUCUCUACAAAGGAGGUUCAGACUGAGCAAGCAGAUAUCUUUACACCUACUUAUAAGAGCCUUAGUCUUCUAGAACGAGCUGUGGUGAAUGGGAAAAUGUAUGAGGAGAAUAAUCGACAAUAUGAACUCAAUUAUAAUGAGAUUAAUCCAGCUAAAUGUAGUCCUUCACACAAAAACAUUAAUAACCACCAGAACAACACAAAGCAAAUUAGAAAUCCUGUUUUAAAGAGUAUAGAAAAACAACAGCUUAUUAAUUGCAAAAUACAAACCACACAAAAUGGAACUCACAUUCAGCAAGGGGAUGUGUUAGUCACCCAUAAUCCGAGCCAACAUCUCCACAUCAAGGUGACACCAGACCAUAGCCAUAACACAGCUGCUCUUGAGACUACAAGUCCUACUACAGAGAAUACUCAGGCUUAUACUAAUACAGCAGUUAUCCCAAAAACUGUUUGCACCAAGAAACAACAAAUUACCAUUGUCCAGAAUGCACCAGUCUCACCACAGAAUAAUAAAUAUCAUCCUUCCAUUGAAAGCCCUUCCACACCUGAACAGUCAAUGCCACCUCUUAGUAUAACAACUUAUUCCCAAACGUUGAUUCCUGAAUUCACAAGUUUAUUGACACCAGACAGUGCAAUGUCACCUACUCAAAUAACAACAGUCACAACAGGAGUUUCUGAUACAGCACAGGAGACAGAGGUCAAAGCAGGUCACACCGUGCUCUGUGCAACACCACAAAGGAAAAAUAACUGGCAUGUACAUAGGUAUAAUAGUUCAAGCCCAAGUGUCAUCACCAAAGAAGACAACAAAAUUCAAAUUCACUUAGGCAUCCCUUACCUCCAGACUAUCAACAGUAAUACAGAACCCCUCAGUCCCUGCUAUUCUCCUGGGCAGGAGCAAAGAACCUCAGCAUUAACAACUGGUACCCCGGCCAAAGUUAACAGCAAAAUUGUGAGUAGCAUCAGGAUAAAGCCCGCCUCCACUCCAAUCCCACAGUCAUCACAAACUACAGUACCUGUUGAAGCAUUCCAGCAGUCUGGCCCCACCAGGAUACCUAAACCUAAAGCCUACAGUACACCAACAGGAACAAAUUCCAGGACUGCACUGACACAAAACACAGGAACUGCCCAGGACCUGCCUAAGUUGGGGGAAAACAUACAAUGACUUGAAUACAGAGGACCUGUUUACAAAGUCAUAAUGAAUAUUAUUUCAGCAACUUUUCAGAAACCAAAAAGAAUUUUAAGUGAUUUAUUAUUUGUUUAUUUUUGGUAUUACUCAUCAGAAAAAUAGCAGAAAUUCCUGAAUUACUUGUGAACAAUCCUCAUGAGAGAAAGGAGACAAAGAGCAAAGCCAGAAAGAUUUUUUAUAUAUUUUAGGGUUGAAUUAGACCUUAGACUGACCUGGACUACCAGAGAUCCAUUAUAUUUUUAGGAUACACCCCAGCCCCCAUGGCCCCCUCACACAUUACAAGACUUGACAACAUUAAAACAGGAAGUCUAAGUACUAGAAAGUAAUUUUAUUGAACUUAAACAAUCUGUAAAAAUACAGUGUUUAUAUUGUUUUUAGUUUCUGUUUUUAACAGUGUAAAGCAACAGUUUAUCCAAGAAGAAAGCGAUUGUUCUAUGGCUGUGCAAAACUGACCCUAUACAAUAACCAUUCUGUAUCAUGCUGUCACAAACCCUUAAGUUAAUGCAUCUUACAGCACAGCAGUGAAUUUUCUUUGAUUUAGGUGAAAGCCUAAUGGUACCUCAUUAGGCUUUCAGCCAUUUAUGGUACCUCAACUCAAAAAAUAUUAAUUGAUAUUUUUCAAAUAUGAAUUACAAAAAAAGACUUCUUUUAAGGUCACUAUAACAGAAGUACUCUAUAUGGCCAAAAGUAUGUGGACACCUGACCGUCACACCUGUAUUAUUUUAAAAGAGGAGUGAAUAUAUGGUAAACUCCAGAAACUUAAAUUUAUUUUCCCCCUUCUCUGAGCAUACCAUCACACAUCUUUCUGUCACACAGUGCAACAACUCCCAGUGCAACCCCUAGAGCCUCCUUGUAGGAACUGCAUAAUAUGUAUAAUUGUACCAAUUACAAAUCUAUAUUCAAACAGAUUGAAUAUUACAUCCCCCUUAUUUAGAAGACUUGACCAUCCUAUGGCAGUAAACACAAUAUAGCCACAAACUUAAAUAAAAUGACUUCAGCCAGACUUUAUGGCAUAAUAUACCAAUGUAUGCACAGUAUGCACAAAUCAGUAUGCCAACAAUCAAACAACAAAAAAAAGAGAGAAAAAUAUCCAUAACUAUUUCAAUGGGUAAAGUAGUGAGAAUUUAUAUGACACACUUUUUUUUCUUCUUUCAUAUAUGUAUAUAUUCAUAUAUGUAUGUAUAUAUAUAUAUAUAGCCGUAACAUUAAAACCACUGAGAGGUGAAUUGAAUAAUAUUGAUUAUCUCGUUACAAUUGCAUCUGUCAAGAGGUGGGAUAUAUUAGACAGCAAGUGAACAGUCAGUUCUCAAAGUUGAUGUGUUGGAAACAGGAAAAAAGGGCAAGCGUAAGGAUGAGAGCGACUAUGACAAGGGUCAAAUUGUGAUGGCUAGACGACUGGGUCAGAGCAUCUCCAAAACAGCAGGUCUUGUGGGGUGUUCCCGGUAUGCAGUGGUUAGUACAUACCAAAAGUAGUCCAAGGAAGGACAACCGGUGAACCGGCGACAGGGUCAUUGGCGCCCAAGAUCAUUGAUGCGAGUGGGGAGCGAAGGCCAACCUGUCUGCUCCGAUCCCACAGAAGAGCUACUGUAGCACAAAUUGCUGAAAAAGUUAAUGCUGGCUACGAUAGAAACGUGUCAGGACACACAGUGCAUUGCGACUUGCUGCGUAUGGGGCUGCAUAUGGGGCUGGAGUACUGUGCAAAAGAUUUAGGCACAUGUAGAAAAAAAAGCUGUAAAGUGAGGAUGCUUUCGAAAGUAUGAAUUUUAAUUGUUUGUAUUUAUCAGUUAACAACAUUCAAACUGUGUAAAUGGAAUAAAACCUUAAAUCUAAUCAAUAUUUGGUGUGACCACCCUUUGCCUUUAACACAGCAUCAGUUCUCCAUGGUAUCCUCGCACAAAGUUUUUUAAGGAACUCAGCAGGUAUGUUUUUCCAAACAUCUUGGAGAACUAACUACAGUUCUUCUGUGGAUUUAGACUGUUUCAGUUGCUUCAAUUCAAUUCAAUUCAAUUUUAUUUGUAUAGCGCUUUUAACAAUGGACAUUGUCACAAAGCAGCUUUACAGAAAUAAAUUCAAAUAUUUACAAUAUAUUUUUGUUAAUCCAUUUAUCACUGUGAAUUCAUCCCUAAUGAGCAAGCCAGUGGUGACGGUGGCAAGGAAAAACUCCCUGAGAUGAUAUGAGGAAGAAACCUUGAUAGGAACCAGGCUCAAAAGGGAAUAUAUGUAUGCACACACACGCUCACACACAUAGUAUAUAUAUGUAGGGCAGCGAUCCGAUCAGCCUACACCCUUUACAAUUAUACUCUACUGGGUUUCACUUCACAUCCUGAUCAGUCUGGUCUCGGCAGUGUUAGGCUGUGCUUUAUCUUGCAGAUUACAAUGAUUCCUGCAGAAAAUUUGACCUUCAGCAGUAUGUACAUGGCAAGAUCUGAAUGUGUCAUCAGGCUUGAUGACUAAAGCAGGCUUCCAUCUACCAUUCUCCUUAAUGCUUACAUGCUCUCCAACCUGUAGCGGUAUAAGUGAUUUUGCUGAUAAGUUGUAGUACUUUUUUUGAUACUGCUGCCUUUGUUCAUGCUUGGCAUACACAUUUUUUGUGCUGACACUUUUAGGCUGUAGCUGUUUGCUGGUAGUGGGUAGGAUGGAGCAUAGUCUUAUGCUCAUCAGUAAUUGGACAGGGGAUCUGAAACCAUCCAAAGAUGUGUUAUGGUAUUCCAACAGACUGAUGUACAGGUCUUUCUUGUCUGCUUUUCCUUUGUCCAUUAGUGAUUUGGCAAUCUGUACUGCCUUUUCACUCAGCCCAUUGGUCUGUGGGUAAUGUGGGCUACUUGCGACAUGCACAAAAUCUCAAGCAUGAGCAAAGCUCUCAAACUCUAUUGAGCUGAAUUGAGGUCCAUUGUCUGAGAUAACCUUUUCAGGAAUUCUAUGUGCUGCAAAUCCGUUGUUCAGUUUGAGAAUCACUGUAGCAGCUGUGGUGCUUUUAAGCUUCUCCAGAUCAAAAUAUCUGCUGUAAUAGUCGACAACCAGAACAUAGUCUUCAUUAUUCCAGGUGAAUAAGUCAGUGUUUACAGUUUGCCAUGGUCAGUUUGGAAUAGGAUGGGAAAUGAGAGGCUCUUUGGCAUUUGACUUGCGGCGUUCAAGACAAAUAGAACAACGUCCCACCAUGCAUUCAAUCUCUUCAAACGUGCCAGGCCAAAAAAGACCCUCUCCAGCACGUUGAUUUGAUCAGUCCCAUGUAUCCUGAAUGAAUGUGUUUAAGCAUCUCUUCUCUCAGCUGUAAGGGGAUUAUGAUCUUUUCUAGCUUGAAAACCAUACUGCCCAUCUCUGAUAGUUCAUCCCUAUGAUUCCAGUAUUCCAGUAUAGCUGUAGGGCACCUCUUUCUCUCUUUAGGCCAGUCUUCUUUGAUCACCCUCUUUAAUGUGGACAUCUGAGCAUCUCCCUCUGUUUCUUCUCAAAUAGUACUGUACUUUGCAUCAUUGACUGGGAGAGCACUGAAUACGGUGUGGACUUGCAUGUCCAUCCCAAGGCUGUGAUCAUGGUAGGACACAGAUUUUCUUGAGUGUGUGUCAGCUACUGGAAUGUGCUUUCCAGGAAUGUGUAUGAUAGUGAAGCUGUACUUUUGCAAUUGCAGGAUCAUUCUUUGCAGAGGGGCAACAGCUAGUCGCUUUCUGAUGAUGGUUUCCAGGGGUUUGUGAUUGGAUUCCACGUUUAUGUGCCAACCAUAAAUGUAGUGAUGAAAUCUUUUGCAACCAAAGAGAAUGGCAAAAAGUUCUUUCUUGAUCUGGGCGCAGUAUAUUUCUGAGCCAGUGACUGAAUUUGCGGCAUCUGUAAGCGGUUUACCCCCCUGCAGCAACACCACACCCAGGCCAUAUUUGGAGGCAUCAACCUGCAGAGUGAGAUCUUUACUUGGGUCAAAAUAUGCCAACACAAGUCCUGGUUCCUUUGUGAUGACGUCCUCCAUCUUUUGAAAUGCUGCAUCAUGUAGCUUGUCCUGUAUGAGCUCACUGUUGUGCUGCAGUAGCUGUCUCAAUAGGGCAUUAAUGUCUGAAAGGCUUGGUAUGAACUUUAAAAGAUAAUUGACCAUGGCUAAUAUUGUCUCAAUUUCAGCACAGUUCUUAGGUGGUUCCAUUUCUUUUAUGGCUGCCACUUUUUGAAGAUCAGGUCUGAUUCCAUCCGAUCAAAACUUAAGACACAUAUGAUCAAAUGCUGUUCAUAGACUUCAUUUCAGCAUUCAACACAAUCCUUCCUCAGCACCUGAUUGGAAAGCUGAACCUGCUGGGCUGAACACCUCCCUCUGCAACUGGAUCCUGUACUUCCUGACUGGGAGACCUCAGUCAGUCCGGAUCGGGAACAGCAUCUACAGCACCAUCACACUGAGCACUGGGGCCCCCCAGGGCUGUGUGCUCAGUCCAUUGCUGUUCACUCUGCUGACUCACGACCGUGCAGUAACGCACAGCUUGAAUCACAUCAUCAAGUUCGCCGAUGACAUGGCCGUGGUGGGUCUCAUCAGCAAGAACGACGAGUCAGCAUACAGAGAAGAGGUGCAGUGGCUAACAGAAUGGUGUGGAGCCAACAACCUGUCUCUGAACGUGGACAAAACUAAAGAGAUGGUUGUUGACUUAAGGAGAGCAAGGGGUGACCACUCUCCACUGAACGUUGGCGGCUCCUCCGUGGAGAUCGUCAAAAGCACCAAAUUUCUUGGUGUUCACCUGCCGGAGAACCUCACCUAGUCCCUCAACACCAGCUUCAUAACCAAGAAAGCCCAGCAGCAUCUCUACUUUCUGCAAAGGCUGAGGAAAGCCCAUCUUCCACCCCCCUUCCUCACCAUAUUCUACAGAGGGACUAUCGAGAGCAUCCUGAGCAGCUGCAUCACUGCCUGGUUUGGAAAUUGCACCGUUUCAGAACACAAGACCCUGCAGCAGAUAGUGAGGACAGCUGAGAAGAUCAUCUGGGUCUCUCUCCUCCUCCAUCAUAGACAUUUACACGACACGCUGCAUCUGCAAAGCCACCAGCAUUGUGGAGGACCCCACACACCCCUCACACAAACUCUUCACCCUCCUGCCGUCUGGCAAACGGUACCGAAGCAUUCGGGCCCUCACGGCCAGACUGUGUAACAGUUUCUUCCUCCAAGCCAUCAGACUCCUCAACACUCAGAGACUGGACUGACAACACACACACACACUCAACUGAAUCUCAUUCUCUUUGCAAUUUUUGCACAUUUCUGUAUUCAAUACCUGCAUUUUUGCUGCUAAAAUAUUUAUAAAAUACAUUAUAUAAUUUUUUAUACUCUCUGGCUGGCUGCUACCCCUUAUGUUUACAUUUACAGCAACUUAUAUUGUUACUCUUUUGCACUACUGUCACAUCUGAUUCACUUUCUUACUAGAACCGUGUACUAGUCGGCACUGCACUAUAUCUGACUGUGCCUUUUGUCCUGUUUUGGUAGUCACUGUACUGUCUUGUGAAGUCUGCACAUGCUCUUUAUGUAAAAAAUACAUAGUCUCUUGUAGUUUUGUGUUGUUUUAUGUAGCACUAUGGUCCUGGAGGAAGGUUGUUUCAUUUCACUGUGUACUAACUAGCUGUAUAUGUUUUAAAUGACAAUAAAGCCACUCGACUUGACUUGAGUUUUAUUUCUUUUUUCUAUUGUUUCUUAAUCUUUCUCUUUUAAAUUUAUAUUGGUAACCAGUAAUAAGCUUUUACCUCUCUAAUCAUGCAAUUUGAGAGAGUUUUUGUCUUAAGUUUCGCCACGGGACUUCUGUUUUCAACUCUCCGAGUGACUGGCGCGCAGCAACACGGUGCCGGCUCUUUUGUUUACACCAGAGAUCAGCUGAUUGCAUUGCAACCAUCCGGCAUUUUUGAUCCAACUUUGUAUCGGAUUCAUCCAUAAUAGGCUCAGGAUUGCUCUCUGGGAAGGAUAUAGACAACACCAGCUUAAUCAUGUCCAGGUCUUAGCAUGCUUUUUGUCCAAGCAUGUGUGGUGACUGGGUGUCAACAGUGAAAAAAUCCAGCAGCAUGGCAUUCUCUUUGUAUUUGCAAUGCAGUUGGCAUGUGCCUUUAACUGACAAUUGCUGCCCACCAUAUCCUGUUUGCUUUCUUUGGGUAAUUGGCCAUGCUUUUCAUCUAGGCUACUUUCUCUAAUGUUAACUCUGCUCCCUGAUUGAGCAAUUUCUCUCUAACCUGUGGGGAAUAAAUGCUGAAAACGAUGCAAUCUCUGGAUUAGCGUAACCACAGUCUUCGAUGAGCAGUCUGAGCUCAGUGACAAAAUGAUUAAAUGUUUCCGUGGCACUCUACGUUUUCUCAUUGAACUUGUAUGUCAUGAAUAUUGGAUUGGCCUUUGGGACUACAUAAGCUUCAAAGUUAUAGAAAGCUUUGAGUAACUUAGCGUCAUCUGUGGUGAGAGUUCAUGUAUUGUAGAUAUCCUGCCCUUUCUCUACAACCCAUAACAGCAAGUAGCUGCAUUUCUCCGCCUUGUCCUUAUGUCGAAACAGUCCCAAGAACAUCAGUUCAACAUGCGGCUUAAACUUUCUCCAUGCAUCAGACAGGUUCGGUGAUUCCCAAUCCAUUCGUGGUGCAGGCAGUCCAGCAGCAAUUAUCUUCUCGAUUUACUUCUGACACCAUCUAUUAUUUUUGAAAGAGGAGCGAGUAAGGUAAACUCCAGAAACUUAUUUAUUUUCCCCCUUCUCUGAGCACACCAACACAUAUUUUUCUGUCACUCAGUGCACCCACUGCCCAACAGAGCCCCCUUGUAGGAACUGCAUAACGUGUGUAACACCAAUUACAAAUCUAUAUUCAAACAGAUUGAAUAUUACAACAUCCAUAUGUGGGCCUUCCCCAAACUGUCCUCACAAAGUUUGAAACACAUAAUUGUCUAGAAUAUCUUUGCAUUGCUGUAGCAUUAAGAUUUCCCUUCAAUGGAACUAUGGGGCCCAAACCUGUUCCAGCAUGACACUGCUCUCAUUUCUUGUUUGAAGUGUGUCUUAAUCAUAAUAUAAGCACCUUGCCAUGGUACCACGUCAAACAACUGCACAGAGUUUUAUCAGUAAUCUCCCAGAGUUACCAACCAUGAUUGGAUCACCGUCUGAUCCCGAAGAACUUCACCAGGCAACUGAAUGCUUAGAAUAAAUGUUCCCCUAUCAAGUUGAGGAAUAUGUAAAGGACAUUAGACACUGGAUGCUUAUUAAAUUUCUUUUACUUAAUUCUGACAAGACAGAAGUACUUGUACUAGGACCACAUGCAGUUAGAAGUAAGCUUUCUGAUUACAAAAUAACUCUAGAUGGCCUAUCUGUUUCAUUGUAUGCAGCUGUAAAAGAGUUUGGUGCGAUUAUUGACUCCAGUCUUUCAUUUUAAGCUCAUGUAUAUAAUAUUACUAGGAUAGCUUUCUCUCAUCUCAGAAAUAUUGUUAAAAUAAGAAAUAUAAUGUCAGUACACGAUGCAGAAAAAUUAGUUCAUGCUUUUGGAUUAUUGUAAUGUCUUGCUGUCUGGAUGUUCCAGUAGGUGCAUAAACAAGCUCCACUUAGUCCAGAAUGAAGCAGCAAGUGUCCUUACUAGUACCAGAAGAUAUGACCACAUCACCCCUAUCUUAUCCACACUGCAUUGGCUCCCAGUCAAAUUUCGUAUUGAUUAUAAAAUACUACUAUUGACCUAUAAAACACUGAGGUCUCGCACCUCAGUAGCUGAGUGACGUUUAGGUCUUUUAUGAUCCGCUAUGCCUACUUCAAUCAGAGUGCAGGCUAUUUGUUGGUACCUCGAAGCAGUCUUCAGUGUUAAAGUCUAGGCUAAAAACAUAUUUGUUUAGUUAAGCCUUUUGUGAAUAGUUUUUUCUUAGGUAAAGGAGCAAGUCUGGAGGGUUCACAGGCAUAGAGUGUUGUGGUGAACUGGGAUGUUUGGAUGCUGUUGUGGUUAUGGAGCUGAUGUUGAGGGACCAGGUGAAGUUCUCCACCAGGUGAACACCAAAGAGUUUGGUGGUUUUGGUGAUCUCCACAGAGGAGCCAUCAAUGUUCAGUGGAAAGUUGUCUUUGCUCUGUGCUCUCCUGAAGUCAACAACCGUCUCUUUAGUUAACCUCUACUAAAUUGAAGGAAAGGCCAAAUUGUGGAGAAAGAAAGGAUCUACUCAUGAUCCAAAACAUACAAGCUCAUUGGUCAAGUGCGGUGGAGGUAGUGUCAUGGCUUGGGCUUGCAAGGCUUCUUCUGGAAUGGGCUCACUAAUCUUUAUUAAUGAUGUAACUCAUGAUGGUCGCAGCAGACUGAGUUCAGAAGGAACUUCAUCCUGCAGUAAGACAAUGGCCGAAAACACACUGCCAACACACAAAAGGACUUGAAAAAGUGGAAGGUUUUAGGCUGGCCGAGUCAAUCACCAGACCUUAACCCAAUUGCGCAUGCAUUUCACCUCCUGAAGAGGAGACUGAAGGGAGAAACCCCCAAAACUAACAACAACUGAAAGAAGGUACAAGCCUGUGGUACAAGCCUGGAAAAGCAUCACAAAGAAGAAUGCAACAGUUUGGUGAUGUCAUUGGGUUGCCGGCUUGAUGCAGUCAAGGGAUAUGCAACCAAACAUUAAGUGUUAUUUACUUUAAGACUAUCUGUUCCAAUACUUUUGCUCAUCUAAAAAUUGGAUCUGGCACAAAAGGUGUCAUGUUGUUUAGCACAUCUAAAUGUAAAUAUCAGGAAAUGAAAUCUGAAAUUCUGAUCUAUCAUCACAUAUUCAUCUUUUGAUCUCAAACCCAAAUCUAUUCAGUGUAUAGUUAAAAACAAAAGAGUUGGCCUUGCCAUUUCAAUACUUUCGGAGGGGACUGUGUGUAUAUAUACAGUACUGUGCAAAAGUCUUAGGCACCAGCAAAUAAAUGCUGUAGAGCAAAGAUGCUUUCAAAAAUAAUGAAAUUAAAUAUUUCUACAUUUAAAAAAAAACUAUAAAGAUCAGUAAACAGUAAUCAAUGAAACAAAGUCAAUUUUUGGUGUGCCGGCCCUUUUGAUUAAAAAAAAAAUAGUAAUCUGAAGUACAAUUUGUGCAGUUUUAUAAGGAAAUUAGCUGGUAAGUUUUACUGAGCAUCUUGCAGACCCAGGCACAGUUCUUCUGGAGACUUUGACUGUCGCACUUGCUUCUUAUUUUUGCAGCAAAGCCCAGCAGCCUUCAUUAUGUUUUUGUCUGAAAAGUGGUCUCUUAUGUAAUAUGCUGCUUUCUUUACUGACAUACAAACAUUUUUCUGUAAUAUUUAAUUUUGUGCUGGAAAAGUAAUGUUUGGAAAUCUAAAAUGUUUUUGUACUGACUUAUAAUGUAGAAGUCAUUAAAUAAAAAUCUAUAACAAAGUUUGUACUAAAAAAAUAGGGUGCCUGAGACUUUUGCACAGUAUGUAUAUAGAGAUCAGAUAUAUGCGAUAUCAGAAAAUCUUCAACAGCAAGUUAACAGUGGUGUGCAUUUCUGAUUUGCAGUAUA